ACACUUACAACUUCUCGCGAGAUCCCGUUCUGUGCACACUGCUGCGGGCGCAGAGGGGAGUGGGGGCGCUGAACUGCAGGCAGCGGCCCCCUGCAGGGGAAGCAGAAGUUCUAGGCCAGCUCGGGCUCCAGGCAGUGCAGACAUGCCGGUUUGUUCGAUUAACGGCUGCACGUUUGUCCCAGGACGGCAUUGUAACGGCUAUGAAAUCAAACUACACUGCUUCCCAAACUCAUUGCAGAGAAUAAAAGAAUGGCUUCUACAGCUGGGGCAACACUUCCACGACAUUGACGCCAUCGCCAACCAGAUCCUGGAUAACAAGCGGAAGAAAUACAACAAGUAUCGCCUGUGCUCCCUGCACUUCUCCGACGACAGCUUUAUCAUAAAUGCUGAUGGCCGAACUCUACGUCCAAACGCUUUGCCCACCAUUUUUCACGGCCUAGCGCCUUCUUCAGAAAAGAUGAAUGAAGAUUUAUCCCUAAGAAAAGCUUUCAAAAGGAAGAGAGAAAACAAGACCCCCGAUGAGAACAGUCCGCUGUGCGGGGUGCCAUCACAGAGUCCGUCUUCCGACGUAACUCCUCAGUCAGUGGAAUCCAUCAAAGUAGAAGUUCUGGACAAUUUUCCGUUAUCCGCUGAAAGUACCAUAGGAAACUGCAGUAUCGCCAACCAAAUCGGAAAGACCGAAUCAUAUCGGGAUGCUCAAACUCAGACGGAGUUCACCUUUAAAAAUUCCAUCAUUUACUUACUGGACAAUGAUUUUUUGACAGGCAACACUGUUUUUGACCCCUGUGGUCCACCAUACCUCAGCCUCCAGAACCCAGUGGUGGCCCUGAACUGUUUUCUUCCUGCCCCUGGCAACCUAUCUUAGAAUACUCUCGCUACCACUCAAGAACAUUGCUGUGGUCUCUUAUGGCUUCCUUGCGGUUCUACAGAUCAGUUAUGUUAUGCUGAGGUUUUGUAGACAUUCUAUACGUCAGUUACACCAAAUAAUAGAUGUACAUUUAAUUUAUUUUAACCCUUGCUUGUGAAGUGUUAAGGCUAAGGGCUCAUGCACACGUCCGUUGGGCGACCGUGCCUGUAUUGCGGUCCGCGAUACACGGGCACCGGCCGUGUGCACCCUGCAUCAUGGAUGUGGACCCAUUCAUGUGAAUAGGUCCACAAUCCAGAAAGUCAGUGCAGAACGGAGGCACGGAACCCCAGAGAAGCACUCUGUAGUUUCUGUCCGUCCCUCUGCAACGCCAAAAAGUAGUCCAUGCACUACUCUUUUGCGGUGCAGACGGACCACGGACCCAUUCAAGUUGAAUGGGUCUGGAUCCAUCUGCAGAAUCUGCACGGAUGUUGCCUGUGCAUUCGGGAUCGCAAAUUGCAGUCCCCAAUGGACGGAACUGCCGAUCAACUGCUGUGUGCAUGAGCCCUAAUUCACAUUGGCACUAAUCCUUUACAGUAUGUUCUGCUCCGUUAUAGGAGCAGAACAAUGAAAGGAUCAGAAGCACUGGUUCCAUCACGACAGACAUAAACGGCACCAGGUGGACCCCAUUGACUGUGAUGGGUUUCCAGCCUGCAACACGUUAUUCAGAAAAAUGUUUUGUUUUAAGAUUUUCUUUUUAUUCCUUUCACACAUCAUGUUUUUCGGUAGAAAAUGGGU